CAGCGGCGGCGGGUGGCGGCCGGGGCGCGGCCCCCGAAGCCCGAGGGGAGGGAGAAGGCAACACGGCCGGGGGCCCGGGGCCUGACCCGCCGGACAGCGGCUGGAACCCCCGUGGGGACCUGGGGGAGCCCUCGGCCGUUGCCCCGCCCUGUGUGCGCGUCCUGGGCAUGGACGCCUGGGUCGGGGUGCCGGCUGGAGUGUGUUGGGGAGCCCCCUAGGUUUGAAGCCAGCAGCCAGCCUUGUGUUGAAGCUUGUCCUGCUGGCUCUGCACCUGUGCACCGGGGGUCCUUGUCCGUAGGGGGUGCCCUGGGUCUUGGGGGUCAGAAGCAAGCAGUGGGAGGCCUGGAGACCGCGCAUCGCUUGGUUCUCAGGGGGCCAUGCCCUGUGUCUUGGGCUUGCAGAUGGAGGGCGAGGCCGGGCGCCUGCCCCUGGGCGUGUUUAAGUGCCAGCUCUGUGCCCUGACAGCACCGUACAGCUACGUGGGGCAGAAGCCCCCUGACACCCACUCUGUCGUCCUCCUGGAGGAGAGUUACGUCAUGAAGGACCCAUUCACCCCAGACAAGGACAGAUUCCUGGUCCUCGGCUCUCGAUGCAGUUUAUGCAGCCGGCUGGUGUGCGUGAGCCCGGAAUGCAGUUUAUUCUACUCCAAGAGAUUUUGCCUCCCCUGUGUCCGGGAGAACAUGGACGCCUUCCCUCAGGAAAUCCGGCAAGACUUGGAGAAAAGGAAAGCUCCAUCGAAGAGGCCUGCCAGCCAGCCUGGCUCUCGGACGUGAGUGCGGCCAGGUGCGGGGGUGGCAGCGGCACCUCUCAUGGAGCCCCUGGGCCGCCAGGCCUCUGCACCCGCGGCGGGGAUGGGGCUGUACGGGAGCUGUCAUGGCAGCCUCAUCCCGGGGCAGGCAGGAGCAGCGUCUGCAGAGAGCAGGGGCCCAGCCUGCAGCAGGAAGGGGCCCGGGAGGUGGGCAGAGAAGGCCGUUGGGGGGCAGGCCUCGCACAUCCAAGAGCCCCCUCGAUGCCGAGACCACAGGGCGGGAACUGACGAAGGGCUAGACACCAGCACCGAGGGAAGCCGAGUCUGGGCCAUCUGGGCCUUCCGCCCCCCUCCCCGGACCUGGACUUCUAGGCCGCCCCUCCAGGUCAUCCCCUGGCGUCUGUGUACCCGGGGCCAGGCCUGGAGGGCCCUGUGCGGAUUCAUCAGAUCCAGGAAUUGCCUCCGGUGACGUGCUGCUCCCCUUGGCCCUGAGGACACAGGAGUGAAGGGACAAAGCCCACUGUCCUGGUCCAGUGUGGGGAGGACCUCUGGUCGCGCUGGGGGUCGUGCCACCCGUGCUGACAUGGAGGCAGGAGGGCUGGAGUGAGGACACGUGCCUUCCCCAUCCCGGGGAGUGGUGUCCACGCAGUGAAGACAUCACUCAGUGGGAUGGUUCACAGGGAGGUGACCUGCGGGAAGGUGCCUGAGGGGUGUGGGCAGCUGCACAUGGUGAUUAGGGGGCCUGAGGCCGGUGGAAUUUUACUUCACACCUUCAUGAUACCUGGAUAAUGUUUUAAAUCUUGACCAUGUGUUAGAUUCAUAAUUAAAAGCCCAAAGAUUCAGUUAAUGUUUUGAAACAUUUGCAAGACAGAUGUUCCCCUUGGCACUCGGACCUGGCAUGCGUGGCUGGGGGUUGGGCGUUGCCACUUGCAGCCUCCUCCGUUUCCGCGGGCUCUGGCCCCUGCCCCAGGCCCAAUCCCAUUCCCAGGCACAGGGAUGCUUUCCCCCGCCCUCCUGCAGGGCCUCGGAACUUGAGCUGCUUGCUUGCCCCUCUCCACGGGAGACUCAGCACUGACCCUGGGGCACUCCUCCCCCAUGGGCACCCCUCCCCGGGGGCUCCCGCGGCCCCCACCUCGGCAGUGGGUGAGGAGAGAACAAAUAAAAAGCUUUUAUCAGCCAA